UGCAUGUAGUAAGUAGUUGAUGUAUAGUGCCCGUAUAGAGGUAAUUUUAGCAGACUAUAUUUCAGAAGCCGCAUUUUCUUGCAUAAAAAGCAACAAUGAGAUACAAAUAAAAAAGCUCAGCUUCACAUUUUGUUCAAAAUCGUCUAAUACACUUUAUCACGAAAACUGAAUCUCAUUUAUUAAAAUCAUAGUUGACUAAAGGUAUAACUAGUUUUAGCUAAUAAUGACACUUCCAUGGGCUCGAAUAGUACUGCGUACUGUAAGUAAAAGGAGUUUUCAUACAACCAAACGCACAUCUUUAUUCCAUGAAUGGCCCGAUAAAGAAGGUUAUCAACAAAAAUCAGAUGAAGAAAAAGAAUGGGAACAGUUGAGUUUCAAAAAACGUCUCCUUUUGGAAUGGAAAUUAAUGAAAAUUGGAAUCAAGGAAUGGGCUGAACAAUUAGCAAGCGGUGCAAUUCGUGGUCCUAGACUUUUAAUGGGUGAAGGUGAAGUUGAUGUUGUUUGGAGGUUUAAAGGUGCUCCAAAUGAAUUAAAAGAAUGGAUUGUGACAACCGAUAAAGAUAAUAAUAUUGGAUUUUCAACUGCUCAAUUGGAUUUCACUCCUCAGUCAAAAGGAUUAUUUCAUGGUUUCUUGGACACAAAAGUGCCUCCAGAUGGUGAAAUAAAAAAUACCGGUUACUGUAAUCUUCGAUUGACACCACGUCUUACUCCUUUCAAGUCUAAAGAACAACUUGAUUGGAGUUCUUUUACACACAUAGUCUUUAGAGUAAGAGGCGAUGGAAGAAUUUAUGCAGUUAAUUUGCAUCUUCACAGAGUAACUGAUAUUUGUAUGUACGAUACUUAUCACUACUUCAUUUGGACCAGAGGUGGUCCAUACUGGCAAUAUGUGAGAAUCCCAUUUUCCAAAUUUCUCUUUGCAUACAAGGGUCGAAUACAAGCUGGAAAUCCACCAAUACCACUUAAUGAGAUGAGUACAAUCAGUUUUACCAUAGCCGAUCAAAUCACAGGUCCGUUCAGAUUUGAGAUUGAUUUUAUUGGUCUAGAAUAUGAUCACUCUCACAUAGAAGAACAUGCGUAUGAGAAAUAUCAGUUUGAUCAAAAGUUUUAUUAAAUUAUGUGAAAAUUUAGGACUUUUGUAAAUAAAUAUUGAUCCUUAUAGUAUUUAGUUUUGAAACAAAUUUAAUAAAUAUGUACAUAGAAAUAACA